GAGAGUCGAGGCUCUGUCGGGUGCCGGAGGGGUGGGGCCAAAAUGAGGCCUUGGGAGGUGGGGUUUGGCGGCGGUAUGGAGCAUCCCUGCGCCCCUUUCUUGGGACCCCCUCCGUGACCCUAGGCCACCUCCUGUGUCCCCUGCUACGACACCACUUGUAGGCAAGGGACCCCGAUUGCUCACCCAAUUCCCUCCCGAUCCCACCCCACGAUGCCGUGCCAUCCCUGUGUCCCACUCACCGUGUCGCCUGUCACCUCCCAGCACUUCCGCCUAUCCCCCCAUGUCCUCCAUGAGCCCCCAGGACUGCCUACCCGUGCAAUAGGAUUGUGUCCAUGUCACCUUACCACGUUUCUGUGUCACCCCUAGACUCUCCCGUGGAGCCAUGAUACCCCAAGUUCCCCAAAUGAGCCUUGCAGACUCAGACUACCCCUAUAUCCCCCUCUCCUGUCCCGCUCUCACUCCCCCCGUGUGCUCCCAGCCCUUUCCUGUAGACUCGGCCUGCGGGGGUCGUCCACAGGCCCCAGAGUGCAUCCGGCGCCAGAAGCGCCGGGAACUGGAUGCGCGGCGCAGCAAGUGCCGCAUCCGCAUCGGGGGGCACCUGGAGCGCUGGUGCCGCCUCAAGGAGCAGCUCGGAUUCACCCUGCACUCCCAGUUGGCCCAGUUCCUCCUUGACAGGUACAGCUCUCCUGGCUGCACCUGGAGCUCAGGAGAACUAGAUCAGAUUCAGCCAGCUGCACUGCAGCGCCUGGUUGUGCUGUCCCACAGCCAUGGCCAGGAAUGUGGCUUCGUGCCGGACAUCCAGCUGCCAGCACCAGGCAGCGCAGCCCCGCUGGUUUGGGAGUGCAUGGCUGGGCACCGCUUCUCGUGGAGUGGCUCUGGGAUUGCCAACAGCCCCCCACAAGAGCCCCCAAAAGUGGCCCAGGGAUGCAGCUCCUCCCUGGGCACUGGGCGCCAGCAUUUGCUCCGUAAGGCCACACUGGGCUCCAACAAGGCCAGAGCGGAGGGAACAACCAGGUCUCUCCAUGGUGACGGGGAUCGGGGUGAGGAGCUGGGACACACUGCUGAUGGUGGUGGCACAGCCUCCCAGGUGCCUCUGGAACCAGGGCCUGUGGCAGCAGCUGAUGAGAGCAGCACCAUCCUGGGGGACAAUGUAGAGCCAGGAAUUGAGCCCCAAGAGGAAGAGGAGGACGACGACUUUGCUGAGGGGGAUGACUUGGCCUACACUGAUGACCUGCAUGAUGAGAACUACCACCCAUCCCUGAUCAGCAGCUCAGAGUCACAGCGAUGCCAGGGCCAACCCAAGGCCCGCGACAAGCCGAUCAAGGAGGAGCAGACCCUGUAUGAGCCGCCCUUGCCCACCGCUGGCCCCUUGGAGGAGAAGAGUGGACGGGUCAGUUGCCAGCAGCAACCACGGCCAAGUGACAAGGAUGUGGCUCAGAUCGGCCCCAAGAGGAUCAGGAAGGCGGCAAAGCAUGAGAUCCUCCUGUGCAACUUCGAAGGCUGUGGCAAAAUCUUCUCCAACCGCCAGUACCUGAACCACCACCAGAAGUACCAGCAUGUGCACCAGAAAACCUUCACCUGCUCUGAGCCCACCUGCAGGAAAUCCUUCAACUUCAAAAAGCACCUGAAGGAACACGAGAAGCUGCACAGUGACAAGCGCGAUUACAUCUGUGAGUUCUGCGCACGCUCCUUCCGCACCAGCAGCAAUUUGAUCAUCCACCGACGGAUCCACACCGGGGAGAAGCCGCUCCAGUGCGAGAUCUGCGGCUUCACCUGCCGCCAAAAAGCUUCUCUGAAUUGGCACAUGAGGAAACACGACGCCGACUCCUUCUACCAAUUCCCAUGUGAUGUCUGCGGGAAGAGGUUUGAGAAGCGGGACAAUGUCACUGCGCACAAGAGCAAGAGCCACCCUAGGGGGCUUGGGGGACCCCCGCAGCCCGAGGGAAUCCAGCAGCAUCCGGAGGCCCCUGGGCCGAUGGAACCUCUGGAGCUGCUUGGGGAUGUCCUGGGAAGUGGGGGCAAUACAGGGAGGACCCCACUGCAGUACGGAGAGGGGGAUGUUGGGCAGGAUCCAGGCACGUCCCAAGGCCGGGGGAUGGGUGAGGGAGGGUCCUAGACGGUCCCCCAGUUUGGGGACUGGAGCAGAACCAGGGACAAUGCUGGACUCUGCAGCAGCUCCAGGUGCCAAAAAUACAGGAGAGAGGCAAAAUGGGGGAAAAUCCCAGUUUUUCUGCCAAUCCUGUGGGAAAUGCUGGGUUUUCAGACAAAUCCCUGGGGCAAACCCCAUUUUUUCUGCCAAAUCCCAGCUUCCCCUCGAGUCCAGCAGUAUUGCCACAGGUGGAUGCUCAAUAAAGACUUAUUUUGGGUA